AUGUCGUCGAGCCAGCAGGUCAAGGCGUCGCAUAUACUCAUUAAGCACGAAGGAUCCCGCCGGAAAUCCUCCUGGAAGGACCCCGAUGGCCGCCGCAUCUCCGCCACCACCAGGGACAGCGCCGUCGCCCAGCUCAAAACACUCCGCGACGACAUCCUCGCUGGUAAGGCGAGGUUCGAUGACGUGGCUUCUCGAUUCUCCGACUGCAGCUCGGCCAAGCGCGGCGGCGAUCUCGGUCCUUUUGGCCGUGGUCAAAUGCAGAAACCAUUUGAAGAAGCCGCGUUCGGUUUGAAGGUCGGCGAAAUCAGUGACAUUGUCGACACUGAUAGCGGUGUUCACAUUAUCAUGAGAACAGGUUGA